AUUUAUUAGAAUAUCAGAUGUCACCAUUACCAGAACCGAACAAUAAUGGAAUUUAAACACCCGAGAGUAGAGAAGUUUUCAGAUUCAUUUACAAGAACAAAGAAUAUGAUGUAACAGAAUACGUUCCUAAACACCCUGCAGGAAGAAGCUUCUUGGAUAAAAUGAAGGAUGAGAAACAGGACAUCACAGAAUAUUUUAGAUGCUUACAUUCAAAGAAGGCAUUGAAAAUAUUGAAAUCUUAAAAGGUUGUACGCACUGAUCUCAAGGAAUCAGAGGAUAGCAAACGAUAUUCUCAUAUCAAGAAGUAGGUCAAGGAUCUCUUUCACCCAGAUUGGACUAUCGAAAUCGCUCUCUUAUUAGCCUUGAGCCUCGGAUUAUACCUAGGUGUCACAACUGAUUGGUACAUCGCCAUUCCAACAAUCGCAUUGACUUAGAUAAUAGCUGGAUGGUAAGGCCAUUCAACAAAUCACAAUCGAAAUCCAUUAUUGUAUAAGUUGUCCAUUCCCUACGGUAUUAUUCACGGAUUCUCUGCCGAUUGGUGGUAAUUCAAACACAACAACCAUCACAUCUUCACGAAUCGAAUUGGUAAGGAUGAUGACAUAGAUCACACCUAUUAAAAGUGGUAAUACGGAUUCCUCUAUUUGAAGUGGAAAUUCGAUUCAGUCCUUGCAUCCUAUAACAAAAUUGACAUCCUCUAUGUGUUACUACAUCAGAUUAUUGUAUUCUAAUAGAAGAUUUGGAUCUAUUUGGUUGCCCAAUACAUUGCAGGAUUCUUCAGUGCAUGCAUUCUAAUUGGAAACCACGAAAGAGAAUAUAAAUUCUACAAAAAGAUUGACAAACCAUUCAUUGAACAUUAAAUCAUCACCUCUAGAAAUUACGAUUGGACAGAUUGGUUAUCCAAUUUAAUAAUGGGAGGAAUGUAAUUCUAAACAGAACAUCAUCUAUUCCCUCAAAUCCCAUUCUAUAGAUUGCCCUAUGCAGCCAAAAUUAUUAACAGAGAAUUAAACAAAUUUGGGUACAAAAUCCAUGUAGGAAAGAUCUUGUGAUAUAUUUUCAUUAACAUAAAU